AUCACAAUGACUCUGUUAGCGUUACUUCUUGCUGGGCUGGCAACAACUGCACUUGGCAGCAUCUGCUGUCCCCCGUUGCAGUGGGAGGCAUACCAGUUCGUCACACUUGUUGAACCCAGCCGAACAUAUGAGGGCCUACAAUCUGUGUCCUAUGACGCUCUGAACGGAAGGUACGCUGUCGAAGGCAACUACACUAGUGGUGACACCAACACCUUCAAGGUGAUCUACGACUACAACAAGAAAGUGGGCUACCGCAUUAACCCCGAGACGAGACUCUGCGAGACUUUCGCCAUAAAAGAAGCGUUCCAGGACACAUGUGUCCCAGUGUCUGCCAGGCACGUACAGGUGUGUAAUGACAUGACGGUCGACCUCAGUGUCUACCAGGUAUGA